CAUUUCCGAAGUCGAAGAAUAGAGUUCGCUCGGUUUGUGAUCCUGUACCGCUCAAUUAUACGCACAGUUUCGUGGUCGUUGUUUGACAUCCAGGGCCACUGUUCACUUUAAUAGCUGUGUGUAGAUGCUGUCAUGACAUAUCUCACGUGGAGGGAAGAAACAAGUUUAAAGCAAAUGUUUAAAAAGCUGUAGUUUUUACUGUGUCGGGUCUAAGUGAGCGGGGGGACGUUUGGGGACAUCGUCCGACUAAGGGGAGCGGAGCCGCAAGUUACUCCAAAAUGGCAACCCCGUAUGUGACAGAUGAAUCUGGGAAAUAUAUUGCUGCCACUCAGCGACCUGAUGGAACAUGGAGAAAGCCGAGGCGGGUGAAGGACGGUUAUGUCCCCCAGGAGGAAGUCCCAGUCUAUGAAAACAAGUAUGUGAAGUUUUUCAAGAGCAAACCAGACCUGCCACCUGGCCUGAGCCCGUCUGAGGCAGCUCCACCAAAGCAGCAGCAGCAGCAGCAGCAGCAGAAGAUCCCCGGUUGUGUAGACAGUGAGGGAGCCAGUCUCUCAAAAUCGGCCAAACGCAACAUGAAGCGUAAAGAAAAACGAAAACAGCAGCAGCAACAGGGCCAGGAUGGAGAUGCAGAUGUAGAAUCGGUGAGCGAUGCCGUGGAGAAUGUGUCCAUCUCAGAGGGUGGUGAGUCCGCGAACAAGACGGCAGCGCCAGCUUCUGCCUCGCCUCCCGAUGACGACUCAGCAGCAGCAGCUGAAAAGGCCAAGAAGAUCAAAAACCUGAAAAAGAAGCUUCGACAAGUUGAGGACCUGCAGCAGAAAGUGGACUCAGGGGAAAUAAAACAGCUGACAAAGGAUCAGUCGGAAAAGCUGGGUCGGGCGAAGGCCUUACAAGAUGAGUUAGAGCAGCUCGAACGUGAUUCUUGAAGCAAUAAAGGACAGAGGAGUCAGACAGACUGAACAUACAAACUACACACUGAAACACAGGGACGGGACCUUUGCAGCUUUGUGGUCAUAGCUUCCAUUAAACGUAUUCUACCUAUUUGAUAUUCAUUAUGAACUUUGGAAGUGAACACAGUCCCAGCGCCUUCCAAACAGAGAACGACAGGAUGUCACAUCUUCAGAACUGACCAGCCUGUUUUCUAGAUUCAGACCUCUACAUAACAUCAUGACUCCUGCUCAUAUACUUGUAUUGGGCAGGCCAUUCAUUUCUAAAUCUUUUAAAGAACUCAUUGUGAAUUGUUUCGUGCAUGUCUGUCUUUUCCAUUUUGUACCUUUCAUAGCAUCAGGUAUCACUUAUACAUAAAAUAUAUAAAAAACA